CAAGGCCGAAGUGUGCUGAUUUAUAAUAAAAUAUAAGCGCAUGUCUAAACUUACUUCAAUGUAGUGUUUCAAAUAGGAUUUAUCAUCGUUUUGCUUUUCGCUGCUUGUUUCAGCAGCGUGAACGGGAACUACCAAUUUGAUAUGUCCUGGCACCAAACGUGAUCCGACUUGAAAACGAGAGACCCUGCUUGUUGGCCAUCUUGGGAAUGGAAGGAAUCAGAUCGCAACUGUGUGCAAUUAUAUAAUAAGGUAUACUUUGAAUAUCUGAACAAGACGAUCUCCAGAAAAGCAACAACGAUAGAAGAUUUAGGCAAGUUUGUUUGUGCAUUUUAUACCUUUGUUUUUGUUCGUUGCUAAACCGAUAUUUAAAAAAUAGAAAAAAGUAAUUGUUGUUUGUUUUAGUAUUUAAUGACGUUUGAGCUGUAUUAACAUCUUUAUUUACAGUUAUUUAAUUUGAAAUGUCUAUAUGAAAGACAAGUAUAAAAUAUAAGCCGUGCAACCAUAGUAUAUGUGUUCGUUUCAAGACCAUCUUGUCGAGGUAACUGUCAAGGUCGCCUGUUCAAAGACAUCAAAGAUAGUCUGAAGUUCAGAGAAAAACCGAACUCAAUCAAGUUGGUCUGCAACGGACCACAUCGCAGGUCCGAUAUAUCGCCCCAAGUUACACACCAGGUUAUCCGAUCGUACAGACGUACAAACCUUUGUACAAUCCGGAGCAGACAGUACUUGUACGAGUUUUGGCAAUGGACGAUUCUAUGAGGCCAAUCAAUGACAAGCAGUUGAAUAUUGACCUGAUAAAGAAUUAACCCAUUUAUGCCUAGCGUAUAAAAAAAAGGCAUUGACAAACAGCGGCGUCUCAUCACGGUCUGCGCUGUUUGCUUAAAGGAAUUUCUUAAUACAUAUGCUCAGCCCAACAUCUUCGAGAGGAGUAUGAACUGCGUGAUUGACAUUUUACAAGACUUUAAGUCCGCGGUGCAUAAAAACGUUUGCGUAGUUUUUUUAUAUCGUAGAUUUGCUGUGUAUGCAUAUUUGUAUGUCUGCAUCUGACUCAUCAUGUUCAAGGCGUUUUGUUUUACAUAAUAAAUUUACCUAUUGACAAAUGUGUAUCCGUAUAUAAGCCGCACUUUCAAUAAAGUUCGCAUCUUUCAUAAGCCAUCUUGUUAAAUCCUAUUUAUUAAGUCGUUUUCUCCUAUUUCGUUCAAUGCAUUCCUCUUUUAUCUAAUGCACCGCUCUUUUUAAAAGCACUCCUCUUUAAUUUAGUUUUGCACUCCUCUUUUAUCUAUCUCGUUCCCUCGACUUAGUAAGUCGUUCCCACGACAUAGCUAACUCGUUUCCACGAGUUAGUAAGUCGUUCCCUCCAUUUAGUAUGUCGUGGGAACGAGAUAGAAAAAAAGAGGAGUGCAUUUCAAAAAGGAGGAGUGUAUGUGACCUAUAUGCCACCGUAGAGCUUAUGCCUUACGGGAUCAUCCCGUUUCAGUAUUUAGACUUCCUGAGUUUCCAGUUAGUUUUUUUAUUUGUAUUUGUCUAUACUCGUGCAUAUUCGAUCGCAUUUGGUAUUGUAUUUCAUAAUAUAAAUUAUUGCAUUUAAAAUCUGCUUAAUGUCAUAAAUACCACACACACAUUACGCCACACUAAGUGCAUCCUUCCGUUCAAUAUUAUAAUUUCCACUAAACUAUUGAAGUGGUUGAUGAUAUGAUACACUUAUGAAGUGUUUGUGCAAUAGUUAAUGCUUGCUUUUGUCUACUCGAAGUGAUCCGGCUAUUUUUCAGAGUCGAUGCAACACGUUCAGCAAAGUGUUUUCAAAUAUUUUAUGAAGCAAAUGUAAUCUUGUGGUAUUUUCGGGAAUAUACACUGUAACACAUGUAAUUAUCAUUCAAGCUGUGGACGAAGAACUUUAUUGAACGAAUGAACGAAUCGCUUUCGGAGUCUUCUAUUGGGAAUAUCACAUCGUUUAACUGUUCGGAUUGUACUGCAGUUAAUAAUUUACAUGCGAUGAUCAACGAUUCUGGGCUGUCCUCUGAAGAUCACGAGGCUACCAUGGUGUCUGUGGUUGACGAGUACGACUGCACAACAAGUGAAUACACUAAUGGCAAUGAAUAUAAUGACACAGUGGCUGAACGCAACGAAAACGACCAGACAUAUAGUGAUUUUGACGAUGUAUAUGAUGACGAAUACUAUUUGAAACUGUACGACUUCGAGAUCAUUACCCUAGGACGCGUUCGACCUAUCAUCGUACUAGUGGUGGCGCUUGCAAAUAUAUUUGUCGUGAGCUAUUUUAUGUCGGGCAAAGGUCGCGGCAAGUCAACUAAUUUGCUGUUUGUGAGCAUCGCCUUCUCCCAGACGAUGACAGGCAUUUUGCUACUUCCGAACUCGUUCAACGUAUACAUUCCAGAUAAUGAUAGAUUAUCGGCGGUAGCAUGCAACACGUUCAUGGUCUGGAAACUCUACAUUGCAAUGGCGUUUCAUACAGCAUCCAUAUGGCAGACUGUCUUCUUGGGAAUCCAACGUUAUAUCUGCGUUUGUCAUCCAUUGAAAUCUGGUUGCAUUUGUACCUUUUGGAAGACAUUUGUAACAAUAAUCAUAACAUACAUGCUGUCAUUUCUGAUGCAUAUUUACCAGCUAAUCAAUGCAAUCACUCACAAUUUCACCCACGAACAUAAUUGUGAAUGGAGGACAGAUCAUCCUUGCAAAGAUGCCUGUCUGUAUAAGUGGAUCUGCGUUAUUUUCCAGCACUUUUUUCCGGUGUCUUUACUUAUAGGAUUGACUACCCAGACCGUUAUAAGUCUUCACAAAGCCCAUCGACAGGCAUCUCCCAAUAUAUCGCGCAAGGCGAACAAGAUACGAAGCUCAAGGGACAGAAUAAUCACCAUAACGACAGCGUUGAUUGUUGUCUGCUUCCUCGUGCCAGAGAUUCCCUACGGUAUAUACACGCUGUUUGUUCUGGUUAAUAUCCACAGUCCUGAGCUUGCAAAGCUUGAAUUAAAGACACACCACAUUAUGUUUAGCGUGUAUGAGAUCGCUUUGCUGGUCAGCUUUCAUGCAAACUUUUGGAUAUACUGCAUGAUGAUGGGCGACUUCCGCCGAGCACUCAUUCACGUGUUCGCGUUUAGGUGUUUUACACGUGACUGCGUCAAGCGACGUCAAAAUUUUAAUACGUACCAGCGGACAAUCAAUUCAUCGGAUUACCCAAAACGCUUUCAGGUUCUCUUAUCGGAAUCUGACCUGCCUGAUCGUUCGGUCGCCUUCUGCAAAGAAACGUCUAGGGAAGACUGCAACGAGCAAGACGAAGGUGUUUUUGUGUAAACAUUGCUUUAACAUGUACUGACUCUCCUAUGAUCUAGUGGUAAGGGCUUUUGUCCACGGGCGGAAAGAGACGUCGGUUAGCAAAUUACGUCACAAGCUCUGCUAUGGCCCGUUGCGUACCCAGCUGCUACCUCGGCAAAACGGUCCGGACUGCAGUCUUGCCAAAAACCCUUCGCAUGUAGGAUUUGAAUUGGUCAUACAGAACUACAGCUGUGAAGGACAUUAUAAAUAAUCUAAAUUGUAUGAUACCUUAUCACAGUUUGGUUGACACAGACUGGUCGUUUAGACGUUGUCGAGAAGCUACACAAAAAUGUGCUGUCAGAUAAUGUGGCCGUCCACGAUUUAACUUACUAUUAGCUUAAAUAAAAAAGCUACUUAUAACAUAAUGUUUCUGAGUUUAUGACUCUAUUUUAAAGCCGAAUUUCAAACGGUGCUAACUGAAUAUUGUAAUGCCUUGUAGUAUCCCCUACCAUGUUUAUUGUUGUGUUGUUCAAAAGUAAACAAUUGUCAUUUGCUAAUUAUUUUAAUCACUCAUCUAUCACUCCUUCAUCUGGUAUAUAGUUUUAGGAUUGCACAUAUAAGCUGUGAUGAUGAUUUGGCAUGUGUAUUUAAAAGAUCAUUAACCAAAAUUAUUUGCUAAAACUUACUGUCAAUGUCCGAACUUCAAGGAAGCUAGUCCAACCGUCAUCUUGCAAUGAUUCUAUUGGUUAUAUUCAUUUCCAAGUGACUUAACAUUGUAUAAUUAUAAUAAUACGACUACAAGUUAUUUUAAGAUACUAUUUCAUUAUCGUUGAAUGUUCAUAUGUGUUGUUAUUUGUGUAAAAUUCGCCAUUCCUAAAAAGCACUUUUCAGCUGUUUCAAUAUUUCGGAUAUAUUGUGCCGCGAAAUUUAUUCUCUGUCAUAACUGCAUUUUUGUUUAGGUCAGAGAGAAGCAUAUUUGUUCAUUGUUAGAUGUAGAAUGUUUUGCUCAUCUAUAUAUGCUCAUAAAAUGUUUUGUUAGUUAAAGUAUAAUGUUAUUGUUGAUUGUGUGACGCUAGUGAACUUUGUUUAUGAUUAAGGAUUGCUAAAUGCAUUGAUUGGUUGUUGUAAUCCGAAGUCAUUUUGAUUUGCUUAGGAAAUUCCUAAGUCAUUUUGAUCGGUUAGUGCUCAUAAUCCUAAUCCUAAGUUGCUGAGCGACAGGUAUAAAUAGCGCGGAUAAACAACAUUUGGUAUCUUUCAUGAUCACAAAAUCUCCGUUCAUUACGUCAUAAAGAUCAGAUCGUUAUACAUUAUUUAGAACUUACUGUCAGAUCUUCUCCAUUCUGAAAAUGGUAAGCUAUUUUACAAGUUUGAAUUAACUUUUUUUUUACAUCUUUGGUGUUUUAUAGUAUUUAGUACAGUAACAAUGAUCCAUCUUAUGAACUCCAGAGAGCUCAAGAAUUUAUCUGCGCUUUUUAGAAAAUACUUGUCACAAGAUCUAUGUUUGACGUCUUCAUUGAAGUGCCUUUUAAAACAUGUCGACUUUAUAAUACAUUAGUAGUAAUUCUUAGUAUAUGCAAAUAAAAGACGUUGAAAACAUGAA